AUGGACCAGGCCAAUGAUACCUGUUCUGCCGACCUCUUCGACUGGUUACGUCUCUGCUCCAAUAUCUGCGCACGCCUCGAGGCGUGGGCCGGGAAGUUGACAUCAAAACCUCUCAUCACACUCGCACAAGAGCUCAUUCGGGAGCUUACUACCACGACUCGAGCUUUCGAGCAUGAAAUCAACUGUAUAAGCCACCCGAUAGGUUCGGCUACCGAGCCGGAAGAUCAAUAUUGCUGGCCUCUUAGCGUGCUAGAGGCUGCCAACCGAGUUUACCACUGUAUUGAACUCGCCCUGAGCAUCCUCAGUUAUAGCAACAAUUUCGAGCCUGCAGGAGAUGAGGGUGCACUUAACGCCUUAUUCUUCGUCUUGGGAGGCCGCACACGCAAUUCCGACGACGCUUCCAGAGCUCGGCUGGGCCAGGAAGUCCUGAGAGCCCUUAGCCCUUGGUUCGGGCCUCUUGCUACUCAGAAUUGUUACUGGGGCUUAGAUCAGUCGCACCCCUGCAUAACCCCAAACACGGCUAUAGAAAUCAACGAGGUGAUAAGUACCUGUCUUCAGAAAACCUUCCACACCUUUUCACCAAGAUACGUGCACACCUAUCCCACUCGGGGUGACAUACCAUAUGUCAUCGAUCCGUCGGUCAAUGCAUGCGCGGGGAGCUUUGGAAUCGUUCGAAAGGUUCACGAAAAGAUUACCAGAAAGUCUUAUGCUGAGAAAACCUACCGCAAUCUCUUCUCUGGCAAAGAACGCAAGGCUGUUCUCAAUGAGCUAGGUGUUCUGGAGAUCUGCUGUCACCCCAACAUUGUCACGCUAGUCGAUGCCUACGAGGUCGUUGAUGAGCCACACACCAUCAAUAUUGUUAUGUCACCAUGGGCUCCCGUUACGCUUCACGAGUUUCUUUAUACCUCCAGUACCAAGAGGAAGGAGCAUUUCCCCUGGUUCAAGCCAGACCAGCCGAUCUCAGACAGACGCGUUUACGACAUCAUGUUGAGGCUCACAGAAGCCCUUGCUUACCUCCAUGGACUCUCCAUCAAACAUAAAGAUAUCAAACCAGAUAACAUACUCCUUCAUACAGAGGGGGACGAAGUGACACCAUAUAUCACUUGGAAAAGAGAGGUUCCACCCGUUAGUUGGAUCGCCGGUUAA